AUGGUGGAUCCUUGGGCGAGUGAUUGUGACGUGAGCGGUGGUGGAGACGUCGAGAGUCGCACGGAGCAGGAGCUCCCGUGUGAAAGGACUCCCUGUCCGGUGUCCACGAGGAACGGCGGACCGGUCGAGGAGGAGGAGGAGGAGGAGGAGAAGGAGAAGGAGCAGGAAGAGUGGUGGGAGCCGGAGGUGGUGUCGAAGGAGCCGAGGGAACACACUCGCAACCGGACGGAGGAUGCCCGCAGGGUGUUGAUGGGCAGGACGAAGACCGGACAUUGGCCAUGGUCAGGGUCACGUGCCAGGGAUGCUUCGCUUCUAGCAGGACUUGUUCUGUUGCUGCUGCAGACCGUCAAAGUUGACUGUCGAGCACCGAAGGAACCGUACUAUGGUCGCGAUAUCGGAAAACUGACGACCUUCGCCCAUGGUAUCAAGGGUCACGUGUUUGCUGUGGACGAAUCGACACUGUUCGUCAAAGGAUUCGCGUACGAUGGUAACGCACCGGACGCGUUCUUUUGGGUUGGCAACUCGGCCCGCCCGAGCCCGGAAGGAUACAUCAUCCCGUACCCGGAGGAGUACAGCGGACGGGAACCACCGGUGCUGCAGCAGCAUAACAACACGGACAUCAUCCUGAAGCUGCCGAUGGGCAAGCGUAUUCGCGACAUUCGAUGGCUGUCGGUUUGGUGUCGCCGGUUUACGGUCGAUUUUGGAGAAAUCUUCAUCCCACCCGGACUGGACGUCCCGAAACCGCGUGUCCUGCCAGAAUUCAAGCGACUGGCGCACGGAUUGCGCUCGAGCAACAUCAGCAUCCUGGAUGCGAAGACAUUCUACAUCCCGAACCUGCACUAUGACGGAGCCGGCCCAGAUGCGUACUUCUGGGUUGGCAACGGUUCCGAGCCCAACAUCAUGGGCACGAAGGUUCCGAAUGAGAUCGGUUCGCUGGAACCAUUGCGCGGGUACCAGGGUGAGGACAUCGAGAUUCAGCUUCCAGGCAACCUGACCGUGUACGACAUCGACUGGUUGACGGUUUGGUGCGUCGAGUACCGGCAAAACUUCGGGCACGUCUACAUCCCGAAGGACCUCGAUGUACCGCCGGCUCUCGGUCAAACAAAGAUAGCGCCGCCCUGGUGGUACAAGCCGACGACGACAACGAUGUCCACAGUGAUUACGCAACCCACGGGCAAACCGACCAACGUCAACUGUAAGGAGCUGCUCCGUGGUAAGCUUAACGUCAUGUGGGAGGUUAACGGCGACUACAUCGUGAUCGAGCUGAUUGGACGCAUCCGGGAGGAUCAGUACAUGGCGUUUGGGAUCUCCGGCAGUCACGGUCACCCGCAGAUGGUUGGUGCUGAUGUUGUGGUGGCGUUCUACGAUCGACGUCAACGUCGAUUCCGAGCUGAGGACUAUUAUAUGUCCGCGUUGGCUCAGUGUGAUGGCAAGCAGGGUGUCUGCCCAGACGAACGCAUCGGUGGCAAGAACGAUGUCGAGAUUCUGUCCGGUGAUCGUAGCCAUGGUGUGACGAAGAUCAAAUACCGGCGACUUCUGCAGACGAACGAAGCCGUUAAUGACCGAGCUUACCCGCUGGACCGGCAGGUUUCGGUGAUUGCCGCCAUAGGACCGCUUAAUUCACGGGAUGAAGCCAACGCACACACGCACACGGGCAUGGAGGUGACGGUGGACGAUGUGCAGAUUGAUUUCGCGUCCAAGAAUGACCACACCUGUACGGAUGCGUUGGACACCUUCCGUGAGGAGAACGCACCGGAUGGGUGGCCAUCGCGUACGAUCCUGGGCGAGAGGACGAUUACGGCCCGGAUUGGACCGACCGGAAGCGUACGUGGAUAUACGGCCGUCACAGGUACCUCGUCGUGGGGCAUUGCUUGGUACAUGAACGAUCUGCUCAUCCCGGAGAUUUAUGUCGAGCGAGGACAAACGUACACAUUCAUCGUCGAGGGUGGCGAUAAUACGGCCCAACCUGCCAAAUACCAUCCGCUGUACAUCACCAGCUCGAACGAAGGAGGCUAUGGGCAGCUGACGGAUGAGAAGAAACGACGCGAAACCGUGUACGCCGGCGUUAUGUACGAUUCCAAUGGUUUCGCGUAUCCAACCGGCGCCGGGCGUUACUGCGAGUGGAAGCACAAAACCAUCGAUCGGUCGAAGGAAAUCGCCACAUUCGAGGAGUACAAGAAAACGCUCGAACUAAUCUGCGACGAUCCGAACGGUCAACCGGCUUACCUUAACUGGACGGUCGUCGAUGAGACACCCGAUCUCGUGUACUAUCAGUGCUUCACCCAUCGCAACCUGGGUUGGAAGAUUCACGUCGUCAAUCCGGGUGAAACUAGUAAGAUCAGCGGAUCGCAUGGUUUGUACGGGUUGGGUUCGGCUGCGCUGUGUGCGGUUCUGUUGGCACUGGUCAUGCUGCUGCCGAGAGGUUUCUGA